AUGGUUAAUUCUCUGACCUAUAUUCCUCCCUCUAUUCGCAAUGGUACUUUUGUGGUGGAAAUAGUGGAAGAGGACAUACGUGAGCCAGAAGAGUACUGGAGUACUGCAUUAAUAGGGUAUGUUCUUGGGGAUAACCCUUAUGAGAAGUCCAUGGAUAAUUAUGUAACGAAUUCGAUGGAUUUUGAUUUUGUUCCCGACUGCUUGAAUGCUAUUCCACUAUGGGUGAAGUUUCCAUGUUUGCCAUUGGGAUACUGGUCUACAGAGGCCCUGAGUAAACUAGCUAGUGUUGUGGGGAAGCCUAUGUAUAUAGAUAAAUUUACUGCUGGAAUGGACAGAAUUUCCUUUGCUCGAGUGCUAGUUGAAGCUGAUAUAUCUCACCCACUCCCAGAGGAGAUUGAAAUUCACACUCCAACUGGGAGGUUCGGGCAUGAAUUAACUGACUGUUGGGAGAACAAGCGAACUGAAUCACCAAAAGAACCCAAAGAACAGUCAAAGAAAAAGAAGAGGACUAAAAGGAGGAGGAAAGUUAUUAUACAAACAGGGCUACCCAAGGACCAGGAUGUUGCAUUGGAAAGGACUGAGGAGCAAAUCCAGCUGAGUCCAAGUGGGACUGCAUCAGUCCCAAAGGGUAAGAGGCCAGCUUCUACAAAACUUACAACAGUUGUGACCAUUGCAAGUCAUGCACCCUUAGUUGACCACGCAGGACCAAGCAAUAGAGGGCUCAACAGGACCUUUAAACGGAAAGAGUUGCUACUCUUUCUGAAGAAGUAUAAUGUAGAUAUUAUAGGGUGCAUUGAGACAAAGGUGAAGGAGAACAAAGCAAAAAAGAUUACACAAAAUGUGACCAAGGACUGGAAUGCUUACUAUAACUAUUCUGAUGAUACUCUAAAUGGCAGAAUUUGGUUACUUUGGAAACCUCACUUAGAUGUGCAGAUACUAGUUACUGAUCCUCAAUUCAUCCAUUGUGAGGUUCAUGAUAAUGUUCUACAAUUCAAAAUGAUGUUCACAGUGGUGUAUGCAAGUAAUGAGGCAGGACAGAGACAACAAUUAUGGGACAAGCUGACCCAAAUAGGCUCACAUAUACAGUCUGUUUGGCUUAUUAGUGGUGAUUUCAACAAUGUUCUCUAUGCAGACGAUAGAAUUGGAGCCCCAGUUACUCAGAUAGAAACGCAAGAAUUCAGAGACUCAUUGGAAAAUUUGUAG